ACGGCCUGCUGAUCACAGUGGGUCCUACAACUUCCUCACUUCCCUAAAUGGGCAGCUGCACUUUCAGAAAGCCAGGUCCUUCCCUGGCAGACCUAAGUGGCCUGUCCCGCAGCGGCCUGGGGCCCUAACCCCGGAGCGGGGGUGUCCUGGCCCCCUACUGGCCUGUGACUGUCCCCAACUGGAUGGAGCCAUGGCUCCCACAUUCCUGCUGCUGCCACCGCUGCUACUGUGGCUCCAGGGCCCUGUCACAGGUGCCCCAGGUGUCCCUGCUGAGAACGUGUACACUAAAGUGCAGCACCUUGAAGGGGAGACUCUGUCGGUGCAGUGCUCCUACAAGAGCCGCAAAAACCACGUGGAGGGCAAGAUAUGGUGCAAAGUCAGGAGGAAGAAGUGCGAGCCUGGAUUCACCCGGGGCUGGGUGCGGGGACCGCGCUACCUGCUGCACGAUGACGCCAAGGCCAAAGUGGUCAAGAUCACCAUGGCGGCCCUCAGGCACCAGGACUCGGGCCGGUACUGGUGCAUGCGCAACAGCUCGGGGACCCUGUACCCUCUGAUGGGCUUCCUUCUGGAGGUGUCUCCAGCCUCCACCACCAAGAGAAGUGCUCCUCUUACACAGCUGGCCAGUACCCUCCAGAAUGGAAUUGUCAUCACCACGGGCCCAGCCCCCACCUCAGGCCCCGAUGCCCCUUUCACCACCAGUGUGACAGUGUUCACACCUGGUCUCUUCACCUUGACCAGACUCGUGCCCUCCGCCGCCUCAGGGUCCAUCAGACUGACCUCCAUGACAGGCUACAGCUUCACCGGCCCUGGCUCCUCUACCACGGGGCCUGGGAGGACCGUGGGGUCCCAGACGGUGACUGUGUCCCCCAGCGAUGCCGAAGUCUCCUCUGCCAGCCCAGCGUCCGUCUCCACCAACGCUGGGCACCUGGGCACCCAAUCCCCCACCACGGGAAUGUGCCAUACCAGCGGGUCUCUCAUCGACAAAUUAUCCCCUACCAGGCACCAGGAUUCAUAUGGCAUUGUGUUCCUGGGAGUGUUGACCUUCCUCCUAGCAUCUGUGAUGCUGAUCAUGGUCUAUGGGUUCUGGAAGAAGAGACACAUGGGAAGCUACAGGGUGUGCAGCAAUCCUCCGAGAGCCUGGAGGGACCCGCUGGGAAGCCCGGAGCCCCCACAGAAGCCUGCCUGGACUGAGGCCACUUAACUAUGGAGUCGGGAAGCUGCUCCUGGAGGGGCCUGGGAGGCCAGGGAGUUUGAAGAUGGGGGCCUGUGUGAACUGGAGCCAGGCCAGUGCUGGACUCAGGCGUCCCCAGAACUAGACGCUGCUCUUGGCCUGUCCCCUUGGGCCGCCAGGAACCUGGGAAAGCACUCACAAUGGAGAGCCCCUGGCAGGAAGCAGCAGGGGAAGCCGCCGACGGGAUUCUGCUCCGAGCCACAGAGUCCUGGCCUCCGGAUGCGUGGCCGAGAAGCCCCGUAGAGGGCUCAGCUCCCGUGGGCCUCAGAACCUCUCCGAUGGAGCAGAGGGGAGCAGGGGGGUGGGCCGCUGUCCCCUCCCCAUCGCAAACCCUGUGUCCUCAGCCUCCUUCUGCUCCUUUCAAGCUUCCCCAAAUGCUUGGGGAAGACAAAGUCCCAGAGGCAGCCGGUGUCUCAGGGGCCCCAUCCUGGAGGAGAAGAAGGAACCGUGACUAAGAGUUGGAGAUCCACAUGGGCUUGGCGGCAGGGGCCCCAGAGUGGCCCAAGCCCCCGCGCCCCACCCCACCUUUGGGGCCCUGCAUCCUCUGAUGGGCCUCUGGAUGUGCCCCGCCUUGACCGAAGCUGCCUGACCCUCAAGUCCUGGGAGCCAGCAGAGCCCGCCCACCCAGCCACUGCUGCCUGCCACCUGAUGGUCGGCCCUCUAGGGAGAGCUGUGACCAGCCUGCCCAGAGCCCCGUGGCUGCACUCAGGGACUCCCCCUCAGUUCCCAGCUACAGGCCUGAACUCUCACAGAAGGCUGAGGGCCGUCCAGAGUCCACAAUAGGGGAGGCCAUGGCUCAGAGAAGGGGUAAAUCGCCCACCCGCCCCCGGGACUCAUUGUCCCCUGGGAGGAGGGGUGCCAUGUGCAACACAGCAAGGACAGCUUGGAGCUGAGCACAGCCUGAAGGAAUGCCCAGAGCUGGGGGAGGGUGGGGAUGUAGAAGAGGGAGGCAAGGAGCCUCGCCAGGGGUCCGGUGGCCCUAGGAGUAUGGCCUCUGCUUCUCUUGGUCUCUGCUCAGACUUGGCCUCGUCAGCAGUGAAGGCUGGAGAGUAGGGGCUGGAAUCCCCCCCUGGACCAGGGGCUCUACCAGCCUGGAGCUACUGGAAUAAGCACCUAGGGAUCAAUGUGGCAUCUCCACUCUCACCCGGGGGAAGAAAAUGUCACUGUCAGGGCCUUGAUGGGUGGCUAGAGGGCCACUCCGGAAUGGAUGUGGGGAGAGAAGAAGGCACAGAAUGUAAUCCUAGAGGACAGCAGGGAGGAGGCAUCUCUUCCCUACAUCCAGGAGGGGGCACCAGAGGAGGGACUCGGAUUGAGGAACCCACUAGCCUGGUGCCAAGACACACACACACACACACACACACACACACACACACACACACACAGUGAUAUCCAUCCUCCCUAUCAGGAAGGUGUGGCUGCAACCUUGGGGUGCAACUGGGAGGGGGCUUAAUUUCCCUGUGAAAGCAGUGCCCCCAAAGCCCCACUCCAUUUGAGACCCCACGACAGCACACUGACAGCCCUGCCUCGCCUGAGAGCAGGCUGUCCUGCGGGAGGGCAGCAGAGGGCUUAGAACUGGGACCCCCGGUGAUGCCGCCUGUCAUGUGUGACCCUGUGCAAGUCACUAACCCUAUCGGGGCCCCAUUGUCUUCUCUUGUGAAAGAGGACACUAACCCUACCUCUCAGGACUGCUUUCAAGCAUCAAGCGGAGUGGCAGGAACCUCCUCCCACUGAUGAAAUGCCUUGUGAUUGCUGGUCCUCAAGCUCUUCUCCAGCUCCCGUAUGUGCUUUGUCUACACUGAAGACCUUUGCGGCCUAUUUCUCUGUUGUGCCCUAAAUUGGAAGGGGCUGGGAAGGGCGGAAGGGCAGAGGGGCACACGGGCAGGGCUCAGGCGGUGGGUGCUGGACCUAGACAGAGCCCUAGGGCUAUGCCCUGAUGUCAGCGUAGCUGUUAGGGGACCUCCCCCCCAUCUCUGUUGGCUGAGGAUGAGAGGCUCCUGGAAUUGGGUGAGCUGCACCCUUGGAGCCUGCUGUCACGUGAACUCCCCAGGAGGGACACAGGGUGCUGGGAAAGGGGUACAGAGGCCCCGCCCUGGGGGUCUCCAGCCCCUCUGGGCCUGGCUGGCCUCUUUGGACCUCCAGUGCUCCGGGACAUUUUCCUCAAAGUCCCAGCCUCUCAUUUUCUCCUUGCUCCUACCCUUUCCCCUGGAGCUGCGAGAACAUCCAGAUCCCCAGGUCAGGGAGGUGCAGGGCAGGGGGUAGCACACAGGCUGCCUCGGCUGUUAGUGCCUCAGGCAACAAAGCUUCCUGAGCUUUUGGCUGUGAUGACAGGACACACCCAUGAAGGGCUUCCUGUGAUGCUGUGAUGAUCAAGGGCCAGGACACGUUAAGAAAACCCAGCACAGAGAGACAUCUGCUUUGCAGAGCAUAGCAGACAGAUCUGUCACCGUGGGACACGCGUGCUCCCACUGGGAGGCUGGCAAGCAAACCUCAAGUUCACGGUUUUCCCAGAUGGCUGCAAAAGGUUUCUCAGCCCGAAUUGGACUGAGUCGGCAUAGCUUCCUCCUUCAAGCUGAUGGACUUUUUGCCCCAGGGCUGGGAGUGGUGAGGCGGGAAAGCCUCCUCUGCCAGCCCCGUCUGGGGGCUGCCUCGGCUGCAGAGAGGGGCCUCUCCAAGGUCAGUCCCCCUCCCAGGGCGGCCCGUCCCCCCUGACCGGCUGCCACAGGCUCCAAAGCCCCGGCAUCCCCCAGCCACCCUGGAGAGCAUCCUGUCUUCACACCUCUGCAUGGCCCGCCCGAGCUUCCUGUUGGCCUGUCCUCUUCCCAGCUUGGUCCCUGGGCACAUUGGGCCUCUUGUGCUAACCUCCACCGCAGAGUCUGCACCCCACAAACCGACCUGCCACACUGCAUGUUUACAAGGUUUCCAAAUUCCUUGGUGGUUUAUUACCUCUACACAGCCUGUGGCGAUCGUUUUUCUGUAGCUGUCCUAAUGACAAUGAUUCUGAAAAAUG